AUGACAGUGAAAAGCGGGAAGAGUCGGGUUGCUUGCGCUGCGUGCAAGUAUCAAAGAAGAAAAUGCACUCCACAGUGUGUUUUAGCUUCUUAUUUCCCAGCAGAUCAGCCGAAAAAGUUCCAAAACGCGCAUCGUCUCUUCGGGGUACGCAACAUCAUGAAAAUUUUGGAGCAAUUGGAGGAUGAAGAUCAAAAAGCUGAUGCCAUGAAAUCUAUAAUUUUCGAAUCUGAUAUGAGGGAAAAGUUUCCUAUCUAUGGUUGUGUGGAGUGUAUUUCUUAUCUUCGCCAACAGUUGCAGCUUGCCUUACAAGAACUUCAGUAUGUAUACACUCAGCUUGAUAUCUAUAGACAACAAAAUUUAGCACUAAUUUCUUCUAGUGAAAAUUCUGUUGGCAAUGGGAUGUUCAUGGUCCCAUUCUUCUCUAGUACUGAAGGUGAGUCCAGUACUGAAGGAAUCACAUAUCCUGAUUUUGAUAUGUCAAAUGAGCUUAGUAGUCAACUGUCUGCUUAA